AUGGGCGUGGAAGAAACCGGAGGACCGGCGGCGCCGCUUCUCCCCCAGCCGACUCCUCCGCAGUCAGCGCCGCCAUGCUACGGCGUACCGGUCGCCGCCGCGGCCUUCCAAGAUCCCUACUUCCCUGAUCCUCCAGCGUACGUCCUCCUCCCCGUUUACCCCCGCCGCCGGCGCCAGCGCUGCGGAUGCUUCUCCUGCUGCGGUUCCCUCAUCUCUUCUUCCUCCACCCUCCUCUCGGCUGCCUUCUUCCUCGUCCUCCUCUCCUCGGCCUUCUUCCUCUGGCCCUCCGACCCCGUGGUCACCGUCACCCGCUUCCACCUCGAAGACAUCCGCGUCACCCCGCCGCCUCUCGCAGCCAUCGGCAUCUCCCUGAGGGUCGAUCUCAGGGUCCGCAACCCGGACUUCUUCUCCCUCGACCACCGCUCCAUCGUGGUCUCGAUCGGGUACCGCGGGAGGCCACUUGGCUCCGUCACGGCCAACGGAGAUCGUUGCCUUUGGACACGGUCACUGAGGUCGACGGCAGGAUGCGUCUCUUCUUCGUGGACGUCCCCGUUCAGGGAAAAAUUUCUUGUUUGGUGUCUGUUAAUCCAGAAACCCGGGAAGUCAUUAAUCAAGACUGCUACCCUGAGUAGAGUAAUGCCGGCUGUAGUUUUGGCGAGUUCGGAUGGCGGCCCGAAGCAGUUCGAGGGGAAGAUCACGUCCUACGUUGUCAUCUGUGGGAUUAUUGCUGCCACCGGAGGAUUGAUGUUUGGAUACGACAUCGGCAUCUCCGGAGGAGUUACAGCAAUGGAUGACUUCCUGGAGAAGUUCUUCCCUGAUGUGUACGUGAAGAAACACCGGGCCAAGGAGAACAACUACUGCAAGUACGACAACCAAGGCCUGCAGCUCUUCACCUCGUCGCUCUACCUCGCAGCGCUGGUGUCGAGCUUCUUCGCCUCCAAGUCGUGCACCAAGUUCGGCCGGAGGCUCACGAUGCAGGCGGCGUCCGUCUUCUUCUUGAUCGGCGUCGUGCUCGAUGCCGCCGCCCGAGACCUCGCCAUGCUCAUCAUAGGGAGGAUUCUCCUCGGCAUGGGCGUCGGAUUCGCCAACCAGGCGGUUCCGUUGUUUCUGUCGGAGAUCGCGCCGGUGCGAAUCCGAGGCGCCCUCAACAUCCUCUUCCAGCUCGAUGUAACCAUCGGAAUCCUCGUCGCCAACAUCGUCAACUACUUUGCCUCGAACCUCCACCCGUGGGGGUGGCGGCUGUCCCUUGGCCUCGCCGGCGUGCCGGCCACGAUCCUGUGCUUGGGCUCCUUCCUCAUCACCGAGACGCCGACGAGCCUCAUCGAGCGCGAGAAGACGGAUGCAGGCUUGGCCAUGCUCAAGAAGAUCCGAGGAACAGAGAACGUGGAGCUGGAGUACCAGGAGAUCGCGCGGGCCUGUGAGAUGGCGCGGCAGGUGAAGCACCCGUUCCGGACGCUGAUGAAGCGGCACAGCCGCCCGCAGCUGGUCAUCGCCGUGCUGAUGCAGGUGUUCCAGCAGUUCACGGGCAUCAACGCCAUCAUGUUCUACUCGCCCGUCCUUUUCCAGACCAUCGGGUUCAAGAACGACGCCUCGUUGCUGUCUGCCGUCAUCACCGGCACCGUAAACACCCUAUCCACCGUCGUCUCCAUCGUCCUGGUGGACCGAGUCGGCCGGAGGAUGUUACUGCUCGAGGCCUGUGUUCAGAUGCUUCUCUCACAGGCUCUCAUCGGAAUCCUCCUGCAAGUGAAUCUGAAAUCAAACAACACGCUCCAUCAAGGAGUGGCAGUGCUGGUGGUGGUGCUGGUGUGCCUCUACGUGUCGAGUUUCGCAUGGUCAUGGGGGCCUCUCGGGUGGCUGAUACCCAGCGAGAUCUUCCCCUUGGAGACGAGGACGGCCGGCUUCGCCUUCGCCGUGAGCUCCAACAUGCUCUUCACCUUCCUCAUCGCGCAGGCCUUCCUCUCCAUGCUGUGCCACAUGCGGGCGGGCAUCUUCUUCUUCUUCGCGGCAUGGAUCGUGGUCAUGGGACUGUUCACCAUCUUCCUGCUGCCCGAGACGAAGAACGUCCCCAUCGACGAGAUGGUCGAGAUGGUGUGGAAGCAGCACUGGUACUGGAAAGGCUACAUGGACAAGGAGGAAGCCAAGGAAGACAAGGUUGACAUCAUUUAGGGUUGCUUCCUCGUUGCAAACUUCACCUUCUUCCUCACGCACGCACGUAGGCGACAUUUUCCAUCGAUGAUCUCAGUGUGCCAACACACUCAAGAUUGUUUCUUGAUUUCUUCUUUCCAAAACAAUGGUAUCUUUACAAGACAACAUUGAUUCUGUAGAAUCGCAAGAACGAUAAAUUCAAGAU